UGUCUGAUCAAAGCCCAUAUCAAGUUCACGAAGAUCGUUCUUCUUGACUUACCGACAUACACGAAUCCAGGACUUUACUGUACACGCCAGCAAGUGGCUCUUUCCAGAGCUAGCACUGCCAGGUACUUCUUUUUGUUGGGUCUAUUGUUACACCUUGACAUAUCUCUCGAAUCUGUUCGUGUUUUGCUAGACAAGUGUAUUGGCUCUGGCAUGAACUGACUGCUAUCCGGUGGCUCUUUUAUCUCCCUGCAACGUCAACAGAGCUCUCGGUUGAAGAACGAGAUAGGCUCUAUGUCACCGUCACCGCAUUCCCAAGUCUUUCCAGUUAUUGUCAGGCCGUCAGUCUGCUGAGUCGUUGGGCGGCUGGCAUAGCUGGCGGAGAUGGCAGUACCCGCAAUCAUCGGGGUGGUCCUGGGUGCGGGUGCUCUCUAUUACACGCGAUCAUUCAUCUUCGCAAACAAGAAGGCUCAGGAUGAUCAAAGACCGUCAGAAAGCGACGUCGCCAUGUUACACGAGCAUUCGACCAUGCAAUCGUACAGGACAGAACAUGCCGAAUACCCUGCAAUCAGGACAUUUUACCAUCCACAUGCCCAUGCUCAAAAGCUCCAGGCCAUUGCAGACUUACCUUUGCUGGUAUUCAUACAUGGACUGGGUGGCUCCCUGCCUCAAUUUGCACCUAUCUUGAACAGCCUGGUGAACGUUGCUCCGUGUUUUGGCAUAGAAUUGCCUGGCCAUGGCAUGUCAGAGUUUGCACCCAAGGACUUCGAGGCCUACACCUUCGACGCCUUCACCGCGCUUUGGCGGACAGCUAUCGAGCAAGUAUGUCGUGAGCACGGACAUCAGAAAGUGGUAUUCGUUGCACACAGCAUGGGCUGUUCGAUAGCUGCAAAGCUCUCCAUAGACGAAUCCCUCCCUUUUACCGUGGAAGCGAUGAUCGUGAUCUGCCCAAAGGCUACACCGCCAUCACCAUCGGAGGUGACUUCGGCUCGACGAUUCUUAUCGCUCCCUGAUGCGGUGCUUGAUAUUUUCCGGAUGUUGGAUAGGAGAGGAGGAGUCAAGUCAAGAAGCGUGGAGAGAAUGGCCGGCAAAGCGGCUGGAGUAGACCUCCGACGUCUGCAACUAUCAUUCAACAAAGGCUACAAAACACCAGUCUGGAAGCGGUCAGCUCUAGGAUGUCUACCGCGAUACGAUGCCUCAGGGACCCCACACGGAGGUCUACCAGGAAAAGAAGUAUGGGAGAAGAUCCAGGUGCCUCUGUUCUUAAUUGCAGGAGAAUCAGACACGGUGACCAAGCCGGGAGAAGUGACCAAGAUCAUCUCCUUCCUCCAGCGGCCCGCGGAGCCGAUCGAGGAUGCAACGUCGCAAAGCAAAACAGUGCCGGUAGCCGAAUCAGCCAGCGACUCUUCAUCGGACCUUUCAUCGUCAGAAUCAGAAUUACCAGAACUUGCUUCGAACGGCGAACCACUACAGAUAGACCAAGACGAUGUCAAUGAAACCACUUCCUCUUCAUUACCCAUAUCCAACACCAGAGUGACAAGCCCCGACAGUGGUAAUGCGGACCAAAGCCCAUCUACUACUCCUCAACCUCCUGCAACGGAAACAACCUCAUCACCCACAAAAGAAGAACCAAAAGCAAGCGACGCCCAAUACGGAACCCAACCCUCAACAAGCGAAAUAUCCAGCCACAACUCGACCGUUGUGAAAACAGCCAUCCUCCCCGCUCCAGCAGCCCAUGCCCUCAUGUACGACCACUCAACAUACCGGACCGUCGCAGGUCUAAUCGAAGACUUUCUAGCACGCUACGUAUCACCCCAACUAUCUUUGGGCUGGCAACUCCAACAACUCACAACCUCCGGAAAAUGGGACGUGAAGAAUCUCGAGAAAUGGAAAAAAGUAAUGCCGGUCUCAGGCCCCAUCGGCCCCGACGGCUUGUUCCGGGCCCUAAAGACACUCCGCGAGCAGGACGAAGAACACACACCCUCCGUAUUCGUCCGCAAGUGGCGCGACAAGAUCUUCGCCGUCAUCGACAUUUCCCACGACAGUCCUGUCUACGACACCAAAGCCCUCGAGCGCGGCGGCAUCGAGUACCAUAAAUUCCCGACCGUGAGCAAAAUCCCCCCCACGCUUGUGGAAGUUGCAGAGUUUAUUGCUCUUGUCGAUCGCCUUCGGGCAGAAAUGGAUAAUAAAAACACGAAAAAGGCUAUCGGUGUUCAUUGCCACUAUGGAUAUAAUCGGACGGGAUUCUUUAUUGCUUGUUACCUCAUUGAAAGAAUGGGGUAUCGGCCGCAAGAUGCGCUGGAUGAAUUUGCCAGGGCUAAACCGCCGGGGAUUAGGCAUGAUCAUUUCAUUGAUACUUUAUUUAUGCGGUAUCAUGUGGGGUUGAAGAAGGCGCCGACUAUAAAGAAUGCCUCUUAGUCUUAGUCUUAGAGCUGUUUGUAAGCAAUAUUGUGGUAGCGCUACUACUGUACCGCCUUGCUUGGAUGGUUUUUACGAUGAUGCGACCUGGAUUAGAAUCUGCUUUUGUUCCGUUCCCCUUUCAAGGUCUCUAGUACCUCGAAUUGCUCUUCAGCCUGGCAUGGCGUGCUCUAACUGAGAAGCUCGAUGGUAUCGGAGAAAAACAAAGCCUAUGUGACCAUCAAGUGGGGGCGGAGAGAACUCGAUGGGUGACUAGAGUACAUUGUGAUUUGUCCCUGAAAGACCACCUUGGGCGCCAGUACCUUAUAUUAGUACUCUGUGCCCAGCAAUUAGGUGCCUGUAGUCACUGAUGUCCCGUAUCAUACACACAUGUCGUCCCUUCGAUUGCCAACGUCGUCAAUCCUGCAAGCUGUUGAUAGAGUCAGCGUCGAGUAAUUGAUGAUUUAAUCCUAGUGCUGCUUCGGAUCUGGACAAAGACAUCUUCGAUCUCUUCCAAAGGGGACUACUCAUACACCAUCACUGUGAUUCAGUUGACCAUAGCAGUGCUCAGCUGCUAAUUUACACCACUUUCACCAGGCUGGCCGCAAACGGCGUGACUAUUGUUGGUCUUGAUGCCCUGGCCAGCUCACAUAGGUGGAGAACAACUGGCAACCCAUGAAUGAUCCAUUAUGGGGCGCCGGUCAAACGUGGCAUCUCUCAUAGUAAUUUCAAGUCCACAAAAGCCUUGAGGACGGCCGAGUCGACUCGACUCAACCACUCUUGCUCAAACGCUGCAGGGCCGCCGGCCUGGUCCAUAACGUGGCGCAGAGUGGAGGCGAUAAACACCCGGAUGUUGAUCGUGUAGAUCGGAUCUUGGUUGCUGAUAGCUCGCUUGCGGCCGUCUUCGGGGGUCGCGUCCGGCCACUCAGGGACAUCGCCUAGCUUGUUAUGCCAGAGGUAGUCGCCCUCGCUUUCGUCGGCGGCCUCCUCGCGCAGCUCAACGGCCAUGUCCGUCCAGAUCGUAAGCAGGGACUGGAGGUGUUCAAACAUCAGUUGCGGGAAAGGUGGAGUUGUCGCGGUCAGCAAGUUGGUCAAGGCCAGGACUUGCAGUUUCUUGCGCAGAACGUCGCCUAUGCUGUCGAUCUGAUACAUCCAUUCGAUGAGUAGCCAGUGGAUUGCAGGGACCGUCGUGGAUUCCGUUGAUUUGGUGGUGGCGGUGGGAGUGACCGUGGAUGUGACGUUGGUAGCCGUGACCGCUUGGACCAGUUUAUCUGGAGACAAAAGUGCAAUGCGGGACAAGAGAGUGAACAGGCUGGUUUCACCGGGUCCGAUGAUAUCAGGAGGUCGGACGUUCGGUCGGGGGUGUUGAUGGUAUUCGUAGGCUUCCUUCAGUAGUUCGAGAAGGGCUGGAAGAUAGCCGGU